CUUGCCUCCAUCCGUCGUAUCACACAAUCGGAGCAGCUUACCACCAAUCCGCACUGUAACCAAGGGCGGUGUAGGGAAACGAAUAGAAAAACAGCCACGGUCACACGCUGCUGAAAGUGUUGGUUUGCAUAGAAAAGUUCCGACCAGAAUCGCAUUUGAAGUACAACCAAACGGGAGAUACGCCACCGCAAUAGGAAGUGCCUGACGCAGCGAACGCAACGCAUCAAAGGAAAACAUAGCAAGCGGACAGCAAGCAAGCCAAAAUGUUUCCAUCACCUCUCCAGGAUGGAUUCUUCGAAAAGUGUCGUGCCGAUUUCUACGACUGUCAAAAGAACGUUCUUGCGCAGAACGUGUGCACUCGGAUAGAUCCGUUCGAUGCGUGUUUAUCUCGGAGAUCGCUGGAAAACACGCAGCAUGUGUUCACUUACAAGAUCGAAAAUGAAGGCAAGCCGCUGACAAACCAGAAAAGUUCUGGCCGUUGCUGGUUGUUUGCAGCACUGAACUGCAUACGCAUUCCGUUUAUCAAGCAGUAUAAUUUAGAUGAGUUCGAGUUCUCGCAAGCAUAUUUGUUUUACUGGGACAAGAUCGAACGUGCGAAUUAUUUUUUGAACAACAUCGUAGACACUGCUAAGCGCGGUGAGCCAGUUGAUGGCCGCUUAGUGUCCUUUUUGUUGUCAGACCCGACUUGCGACGGCGGCCAGUGGGAUAUGCUCGUUAAUUUGAUCAACAAGCAUGGACUAAUGCCUAAAAAGUGCUUCCCUGAGAGUUAUAGCUGCGAGGCGAGCACACGGAUGAACUCAGUCUUAAAAAGCAAGCUGCGCGAGUACGCAAAAGAUCUGCGCAAGCUUAUUGCUAACGGUGCAUCGGAUAGUGAAGUGGACGACCGUAUGAAGAAACAGAUGAACGAGGUGUAUAACAUCGUCGGUAUUUGCCUUGGCAUUCCACCAGAAAAGUUCACCUGGGAGUAUUAUGAUAAAACAAAAAAGUAUCAUAAUAUCGGUCCGAUCAGCGCGACUGACUUCUACAAUAAGUACGUCAAGCCGUACUUCAACGUAAACGACAAGGUUUGUCUGGUGACGGAUCCACGUUCUUCCAAUCUCUAUGGUCGCUCCUACACGGUCGACUGCCUGGGAAACGUGAUCGGAGGUAGGCCGGUCCUGUACAACAAUCAGCCGGUCGAAUUGUUGCUUAAUUUAGUAACGAAAGCGCUCAAACUUGGCGAACCUGUCUGGUUUGGGUGUGAAGUUAACAAGCGAUUCGCCGGUAAACAAGGAAUUGAAGAUUUGGACAUACAUGACUUCAAGUUAGUUUUUGGAGUAGACAUUCAAACUACUAUGGAUAAAGCCGAUCGACUGCUGUACGGUGAAUCGAUGAUGACUCAUGCCAUGGUGUUUACUGGAGUUUGUGUUGACGUAAGUUAUCUUUCGACAAAGUUCCGGGUAGAGAAUUCCUGGGGUGAAGAUCGUGGCGAAAAGGGUUAUCUUGUAAUGACGGCCGAAUGGUUCAAGGAAUUUGUUUUCGAAGUGGUAGUGGACCGCAGCAUAGUAAGUCAGGAUGUGCUGGACGUAUUCGAUCUCCCACCAAUAGUGCUACCUGCAUGGGAUCCCAUGGGCACCCUAGCGAAGUAAGGUGACACACUAGUAGCGAUGAAGAUGCAGUAAUGAAAGAAACCCUUCAUGCCAAUGGCGCCAAAAUUGGGUGUCAUCACGGAUCUCCUCGGGUGCAUACUAUGGGAGGCAUAUUUCCCUUCUGGAAACAAUCAUUUGCUAUCAAUAUUCACGAAGCAUUCAAACGUUUUACGUAAUGCCGCAGCUUGUAGAUAUAUAUUCACGCGCGAUUAUUGCUGCUACUGACGCUGUUGCUGCAACGAGAGACGGUUUCUACUGCAAUUGGCACGAAAGAAGUAUGUGUGACAUUGCGAAUGCGAUGACUGCUGCCGCCGCUAUACAAAUCGAAUUAAUCGGCUAUACAAAUAACUUAGAGAUAAAUCGCAACGAAUAAUGGUUCGAAUGUGAAGAUGCAUAAGAGAGCGAUAUGUGAAUAAUAACAAGAAUUAUUACUUUUUAUACAGAAAAAGGAGAAAUAGAACUAGCAAUAUAUUUCAAACAAAC